GGCCGCGUUCUGUCCCGGUGGCGGGGCACUUACUGCCUUGCACCCGCUUCUCUUCAGCGCUUCGGCCACUCGAUCUCCGCGCCUCAGCUCACUUCUCCGGGACUCUUCGUUCCCGGUCCAGGAGCCACUCAUCCGCCGGCAGCAUUCCUUACAUCCCACCCAAGGUUCCAGGGAGUGGGCGGGGCCGGCGUCCGGCUGUCGAGGUCACGUGUCCCACUCCGACCAAUAGGCGCGCCUCCCAGGGUCGAGCCCAGCCCCGCGGGCUGGGUGGAUCUCGGGCAGUUGGACGCCGCCGGAACAGAGGACUUCGUCGGGUCAUCGGGAGAGCAAGGCAAGGCCAUGGAGCGCGAGGUCCAGCGGGCUCGCAUCGCUUUCGGGUCCGGCAGGUCGCGACCCUUGAGGUUCCGGCUACAGCAGCUCGAGGCCCUGCGCAGGAUGGUGCAGGAGCGCGAGAAGGACAUCUUGGCGGCCAUCGCCUCCGACUUGUGCAAGAGUGAAUUUAAUGUGUACAGUCAGGAAGUCAUUACCAUUCUUGGGGAAAUUGACCUGGUGCUGGAGAAUCUUCCUGAAUGGGUUACUGCUAAACCAGCCAAGAAGAACCUGUUCACCAUGCUGGAUGAGGCCUAUGUUCAACCAGAGCCCUUUGGAGUUGUACUGAUUAUAGGAGCUUGGAACUACCCCUUUGUUCUCACCAUUCAUCCACUGAUAGGAGCCAUUGCUGCAGGAAAUGCGGUGAUUAUCAAGCCUUCUGAACUAUGUGAAAAUACAGCCAAGAUCUUGUCUAAGCUCCUCCCCCAGUAUUUAGAUCAGGAUCUGUACAUUGUUAUUAAUGGUGGUGUUGAGGAAACCACGGAGCUUCUGAAGCAGAGAUUUGACCACAUUCUCUUUACGGGAAGCCCUUCAGUUGGAAAAAUUGUCAUGGAAGCUGCUGCCAAGCAUCUGACCCCUGUGACUCUUGAACUGGGAGGGAAGAAUCCGUGUUAUAUUGACAAAGAUUGUGACUUGGAUGUUGCCUGCAGACGCAUAGCCUGGGGGAAGUACAUGAAUUGCGGUCAAAUCUGCAUUGCUCCUGACUACAUUCUCUGUGAACCAUCUCUACAGAAUCAAAUCGUGCAGAAGAUUAAGGAAAAUGUGAAGGAAUUUUAUGGAGAAAAUGUAAAAGAAUCUCCUGAUUAUGAAAGGAUCAUCAAUCUUCGUCAUUUUAAGAGGAUAAUAAGUUUGCUUGAAGGACAAAAGAUAGCUUUUGGUGGGGAAACUGAUGAAGCCACCCGUUACAUAGCCCCAACAAUACUUACUGACGUUAAUCCUGAAACCAAGGUGAUGCAAGAAGAAAUUUUUGGACCAAUUCUUCCAAUAGUGCCUGUAAAGAAUGCAGAUGAAGCCAUAAAAUUCAUAAAUGAACGCGAAAAGGCCUUGACUUUCUAUGUAUUUUCUCAUAACAAGAAGCUUGUCAAACAGAUGAUUGAUGGAACAUCCAGCGGUGCUGUCACAGUCAACGACGUUAUCAUGCACUUCACGCUCAGUUCUUUACCCUUCGGAGGAGUGGGUUCCAGUGGAAUGGGAACUUAUCAUGGAAAAUAUAGUUUUGAUACUUUUUCUCAUCAACGUUCCUGUUUAUUAAAAAGUUUAAAGAUGGAAGGUGUUAACAAACUCAGAUAUCCUCCCAAUAGCCAGUCAAAGGUGGACUGGGCAAAAUUUUUCCUCUUGAAACGGAUCAGCAAAAGAACACUCAGUCUCCUAUUCCUUGCUUUCCUGGGCAUUGUGGCCGCUGUACUUGUCAAGAAAUACCAAGCUGUGCUGAGGAGAAAGGCCCUGUUGAUUUUUCUGGCGGUUCACAGACUAUGUUGUCCAGUAAGCAGUGAUGAACAGCACAUUUCAGAACCCAGCUCUAUCUGUUAAGAGUGAGGCUGGAUACUACUGAAGAAUGAUCCUGUUCAACUUCCUAAUUGCCUCUGCUGAAUUAUUCCUCUGCUAAAUAGUUAAUGAACCAGUAUCCUACAAAAAAUAGUAAGGAAAUAUGCAAAUGCAGUGUAAUCAACCCUAAAAGUCAUUGCUACUCACCAUUAAUAAAACUUGUCAUUUCAGCCAAAUCCCAACAUUUUCCAACAGUGAGAAUACCCAGAGAACCUAUUCUAGAUUAUGUUACACAGAUUUAGAGCUUUGGGCUAGGUUAAACUGGCACUCCCUGGGAGAUGUAAAGGAGUCUCAGAACUUGCUCAGUGACUUCGUCACUAUAGUUCAUGGGACAUGGGUCACCAUACCCUGUCCCUGCUGCUGCCUCUGUCACUUUGGAAACUUUCAAGAACUCAGCAGUGCCCACGGUUACUAGUAAUCUGCAAUCCAGAGAGAUGAGGCUAGAUCUUCCAGCUCCCCUUCAAGUUUGAGGCACUAAAACUGUGGGGGUUAGGGGUUGUCUUUCAUCCCUUGGAACUUGAGGACCACCUGAGCUCUAGGAGUUGGCCCUCCUCUCAAACGUGCCAUCUGGCUUGUGGUUUUCUGGCUUUCUCUUCCAUUAUGUUUGGUUUAUGGCAGUCUCUUGUCCCUACCCAGAAAGGCUUAUUGUGACUAAUAGCACUCAAAGCUUGUAAAUCCUAGGACUUCCUGGAAGACAGUUGCCAAUUUCAUUCAGGUAUCAUCUGUCAUUCUUAUCAUGUAAGAGUUACAAAAUUCUGCAACUUAAUAAAACCUAACUGGCAUUUAAAAAAUGUAAUAAAAGUAACGUAUUUAUAAUAA